AAAAUAUUAACGUAAAAAAUGUACUGUCCAUUGUCGCAAUAUUCUUCGAACUUCUUACCGGGCAAUUUUCUAAGUCAACCCUUCUUGCAUUUGUCACCGCUUCAUUUAUUAUUCACACGCGAUCGGCUAUUGACUUUCUAUAUUCUUCGAACAGCAGUCGUAUUUUACUCACAAAGUAAUACAAACCCCAAAGAAAUAUUAUAUUUAUAGUGUGUCUUCGAUUUGACAAAGCGGGAAAUGUUGGAUUUGGAGAUGACGAAUAUCGAAAGCGAUAUUCCAUCGUGCAAACAAUUAUUCAAUGUGGAAUUAUUCGUUAUGAAAUGCGUCGGAUUGAGUUCUUUGGAAAGAGCCUUCGAAGUGGAUAAAAAUUAUAAAAUACGCGCACUUAAAUGUUGGGAAAUUUUUCUUUGUAUCGCUGGUAUAUUUUUUUUAUCAUCGUUAAUUUACAGUUUGGUAGCAUCUUUGCCUUAUUAUUUUGGUAAAGAUUUUUCUAUGACAUGUUUCAUUAUUUCUGUCGCUUUUUCUAUGAGCAUGACUUUGAUGAGGCUUUUAAGAAUAUGGACUUGCCGUAAAAAAGUUUACCAAAUUUUUGGAUUAAUUAAUAAAAUUUGGGAACAAAAUACAAGAAAAAGAGUUCAUUUAAAGGCUCAAAUAAUGAAAGUUGUCGAUACUAACAAGAGUCUCAGACAUAUGUAUUUAAUAGUCGCAUUUAUAUUGAAUAUUUGCUACUCAAUGCGGCCAUACAUUAUGUUACUUACCACGUACUUUACAUUGGGGAAAAACGAGACUAUGACUUUCACCGAGCAGGCUUUCACCGGGGUGGUUUACCCUGUGAGAACAGACACGCGCUUCAGAUACGUACUCCUGAUGUUAAUGGAACUCCACAUAUCAUAUUUUGGUAGCGCGUAUAUUAUUAUUGGAGAUAUGUUGUUUGUAUUUUUGACAACAGUGCUAACUAUUCAUUUUAUGGUGCUUGCGGAUGAUUAUGUCUCCAUAAUUGACAUUUAUCGAAAAAAUAAUAAUAAUUUAUCAUCUAUUGAUGAAGUAAUAAAACGUCAUUGUUCCUUACUCUACGUAUGUCAACAAAUAACGUAUCUGUACAGUCCGAUAGUCAUGGCGAUGAUAAUUUUAAAUGGUAUAGAUCUAUGUUGUACUAUUUUUUCCUUCCAACAAGAUUUUGCCGCGGGUAGAGCGGAAAUUUCACUCGCUCAAAAUUUACCCCACGCUUUAUUAUUGAUUUCUCAAAUGAUAAUCUACUGCAAUUGCGCACACAUUACAACUGAACAGAUUGAAUCAUUGACAGAAGCGGUGUACAAUUCGCGUUGGGUUGAAGGAGAUAAAAAAGUUGCUAAAGCUGUUAUUAUUUUAAUGAUUAAUACUCAAAGAGAGUACAAUUUUACAGCUUACGGAUUUUUUAUUCUAAAUCGCCAGCAAUUGACUCAAUUGUUUAAUUCGACAAUGAGCUACUUUAUGUUACUCAGAAAUUUUAUGUAACGUUUAUAAUUAAUAUAGUGAAGGUAAAGUAUAAAAAUAAUAAAUAGUAUUUUUGGAAAAGUGGACUACUUAUGCAAAAAGUGGGCUACUUUUUUCUGCGGUAGGGAAUUAAUAUAUUGUUAUAAAAAUUAUUCAAUUGUAUUUUGUUGAAAUGAAUAUAUAUUUUUUUGAAAUGUUAA